AUGCCACCAAUUCGCUCUGAAUCCUGGCAGAAAUCGGCCAACCAAGAGGGAAAAAUCUUAUUAGCCCUUAAGGAUAUUAAAAAUGGCCGCAUCCUGUCUAUCCGCGCAGCAGCGAAGCUAUACGAAAUACCACGCGCUACGCUCCAAACACGAACUCAAGGCGUAGCCUCUAUCGUGGAGAGACGCCCCCCUGGUCAUAAAUUGACCCAAUUGGAAGAGGAUUCGCUUACUGAGUGGAUUCUCUCUCUGGAUACGCGUGGAGCAGCACCUAGGCCAGCUACUGUGCGAGAAAUGGCCAAUAUCCUACUAGCUGCACGCGGUAAUAACCCUCCGGCUACUAUAGGCAAAAAUUGGCCAUCAGCCUUUAUUCAGAGGCGUAACGAGCUUCGUACACGCUUCUCAAGACGUUAUGACUACCAGCGUGCACUAAACGAAAACCCAAAAUCGCUACAAGAGUGGUUUAAAACUAUACAACGCAUUAUCGACGAGAACGGUAUAUAA